CAUUUGUAUCUUUGUAGCCUAUGGGGGAUCUCACAGGUCAUUUGAUUCCUGGGACCACAUUUAUUAUCAUAGCUCUUUGGUGGAGUACAAAGAGUAUCCUAAAGCACAUUUGUAAGCAGCAAAAGAGAUCUUCCUCCCUUCUUACCAAAGACUUUUUCUCUCGAGCAGAAGUUUUGGAAGGAAUUGUGCUGAUCAGUGUGACAUUAAUAGGAAUAACUGGCCUAUACACUUUUCUUGAAAACCACGGUCAGUUCUCAGAUAAAGAAUUCUGGUUUCUCCGGAUCGUGCGAUGGCAUCAUGCUGUCAUAUACAUCGUCUUUGCAUUGCUAGGUGUGACAAGGAUCUUAUGUUUCAUCAUUAGUUCACUUCCACUUUCUUUGGUCAACUUAAUGUUGUCAAAUGCCUUCUUUGUGGAGGCUUUCAUCUUCUACUACCACACCUAUGGCCGGUCAUCAGUGGACAGCUUUGUGCAUCAACUGUUGAGCUUCAAUGCAUUUUUGGUAGGUCUGGUAGCCUUUAUAGAAUUCCUCUCUACAAAGACCAAUGUACUUCUGGAGCUCCUGACGUCAAGUCUUACAUUGCUACAUGGGAUGUGGUUCUGGCAGGCUGGUUUUGUCCUGUUUCCCCAAAACAGAGAUCAUGUAUGGGACCUAUAUGAUAACAGCAACAUUCCGCUUCUUGCCAUGUGCUUUUGCAGUUAUUAUGUAUUGGCCCAAAUCAUCAUUGGGAUUAAUUAUCUUCUUAUUACCAGGUAAGUUAAUGACUUGCAUUCAUCAAGACUCAACUAAGUUG